AUGGUGGUAUGUCAUUAUCACCCCAGGACACCAUGUGGUCCAUUUCUUUUCUUAACAGUAGACUUUAUGCAUGGAGACAGUCAAGUUUUUAUGCCUGAUGAAAGCAUAUUGUCCAAGUCAGCUAAUCUCUUCUCUGCAGCAGCAAAGGUGGUAACAGCAGCCUACAUCGCUUUUCAUCUUUUAGGAAACAUGAGUUAUCCUUACUAUGGUGCAGGGCAGAAUGCCCCACAGAACUAUCCUCCCAACAUGGGACAACAACCUAAUCCUUCAAUGGGUUAUCCAAAUUUUACAGGUUAUGACAGCACACCAAAUAUGCAAUACAGUGCCCAACCAUCUGCAGGACCUGGAGUUAUAGGCUUCAAUAUUGGAAUGACAAACCAGGGUGGAUACCCUAAUACACAGCAGGGAGCCUACCCUCCUCCUGCACAGCAGGGAGCCUACCCUCCUCCUCCACAGCAGGGAGCCUACCCUCCUCCUGCACAGCAGGGAUCCUACCCUCCUCCUGCACAGCAGGGAAUGUACCCUCCUCCUCAACAGCAAGGAGCCUACCCUCCUACACAGCGGGGAAUGUACCCUCCACCUCCACAACCAGGAGCCUACCCUCCUCCUCCACAACAAGGCAGCUAUCCUCCAGUACCAGGAUCUUCUUCUCCAAGACCACAACACACAGCUUAUCCACCCCAGCAACAAACAGUUAAUCCUUCACAACAAGAAUUUUAUCCUGCUUCCCAUCAACAACAAAAAGGAUAUUUUCCCUCAGAGCAGCAAACAUCUCAUCCAAUUCCUUCUUCAAGACAAAAUAAACCAUUAAAGGAAGAAGGAACACUUAAGCCAUAUCCUGGAUUUAAUGCAGAAACUGAUGCACAAAUAUUAAGGAAAGCAAUGAAAGGAUUUGGCACUGAUGAAAAAGCCAUUAUUGAUGUAUUGGGAAGUAGAUCAAAUGAACAGCGACAAGAUAUUGUGAGAAUGUUCAAGACUAUCUUUGGAAAGGACCUGAUAAAAGAACUGAAGAGUGAAUUAUCUGGCAAUUUCGAAACCGUUGUCCUUGGCCUGUUAUACACACCAUCCAUGUAUGAUGCUACAGAGUUAAAAAAAGCUAUGCAGGGACUCGGAACAAAUGAGGAUGUGCUGAUUGAAAUUAUGUGUUCACGGUCAAAUAAAGAAAUUAUGGAAAUAAGUGACUGUUUUAAGAAAAUUACAGGGAAAAGUUUAGAGAAUUGGUUGAAAAGUGAAACCUCAGGACAUUUUUGCCGACUGCUUGUGUCUCUAUCAACAGCUGGCCGGUCAGAAAAUCAAAAUGUUGAUCUACAAAGUGCAGAACAGGAUGCUAAGAAAUUGUAUGAAGCAGGAGAAAAGCAAUGGGGGACAAAUGAAUCACAGUUCAAUGCUAUUUUGGCCUCUCGAAGUUUACCACAGUUGAAAGCAGUGUUUGAUGCAUAUAAGCAUCUUUAUAACCGUGACAUAGAACAGGUUAUUGCUAGUGAAAUGUCUGGUGAUUUACUUAGUGGAAUGUUGUCAGUUGUAAAAGUUGUUAAAAGCAAACCUUGUUAUUUUGCUGAACGGUUGUAUACAUCAAUGAAGGGAGCUGGAACCAAUGAUUCAACUCUUAUUAGAGUUAUCAUUUCUCGAUGUGAAAUUGACAUGAAACAGAUUAAACAAGAGUUUCAAAAAAUGUAUGGAAAAACAUUGGAUGCUAUGGUAAAGGGUGACUGCAGUGGAGAUUAUUGUCGGAUUUUGCUAAGACUCCUUGGAAAUGAGUCAUAUUGA